GAAUGCGAGUCGUAGAUGCAAACAGACGUUAAAUUCUAGAGCGCGUGCGUGCCAGCCAAAGCUUAUUUCUUUGCCACAUAAAUAAAAAAAAUAGAGACUAACACGCGCGUGUUUUCCACCUAAAUAUAUACUAACAACGACAAAAAAAUGAACAUUUCGACAAGAUAUUUUAUCAACAACAACAAAAAAAACAACUGAUAAACGACACCGUAAAAGAAUCUUCGAGUACCCAGUGUCUAGUGCAAAACUCGUUUAUUUUACAAGCAAUUCUCAGUAAAUUGCAAGCCAAUUAAAAAAAAAAAUAUACAUGUAAAAAGGCAGAAGAGAAAUACGAAAAAAGAAAACCAGCAAAAUCUUCAAGGGCUAAGUGCGCCAGUUGUUGUUGUAUGUUAUUGUUGUUGAUCUUGUUAUCGUGAGCUUAAAGUGCACUUGACAGAAGACAACAACAGACAUUCCACCAGAGAGACAGACAGUCGGAGAGAAAGAGAGAAAGAGAAAUCCUAGACGCCGUGUCUGGCUUCAGUUGAGGGCUUGACUAAUUGCACGAUUACAUAUCAAUUAUGACAGCGGAGACCCUUAAGCCGUUUAUAACACCGACGAGUGUCGCCAAUGGUUUUCCGGCCAAGCAGUUAAGCGUGACGCACUCUAAACAGAAAGCCCGACAAUUGAUACCGAUUGUGUUGAGCAUUAUUGCUCUCGUGCUGGUUGGAUGUAUCCUGAUACUAACGAUCUGGCAGACGAUGCACGUGCAACACUUGGACAGAGAUCUGAGUGGUCUGAAACAAGAAGUGUUUUUGCUGCGACAAAGACUGGGCAUUAAUUAUCUGGACGAGAUGGCGGAAUUCCAAAAGGAGUAUACGAAUCAGAUCAUCCAAGAUCCCAACAAACUGGACGAUAUCGAAGGCGAGGAGGAUGAGGACGAAGAAGAUGAUGAUUUCGACAAUUACAACGAGGACGAAGAUGAUGAGGACGAUGAGGACGGCAGCAGUGACCGUGCCGCCUACGAUGAUUAUCUCGAUAUGAUAGAAAAAGAAAAGGAAAGCACACAAACGACUCCGCAAAAUAACAAUGGGGAAACUGAGACAGAUGAAUCCACAUCCUCGACUUCAUCUGCUGCAUCCAACGAUGAUUUCUUUGGCGAUUUCACCAGCUACAAUGAAUCCAAAAAGAAAAGGGCACGCAAAUCUCGCUCCAUUGCCGUGAUGCGCAAUGAGUUGCAGACCAACGAUGUGACGCAAACGAAAAACAAUCAAAGCCGGACAGAUACACAACAGAAGGAAAGUGGCGUCGUUUCUGAUGUUGCCGCAACCCAGCCGCAGCUAAGGAAGCAUCACCAACGAUCGCGACAAGGGCGUCAACGUAUUUUGGUGCGCAAAGGCGAAUCUCCUGUUUCAGCGAAAUCUGCCGAUUUAUAUGCGGGUAAUGGACACACGGACUCUGCCAAGCCCGCUGCACAUUUCCACUUGAAUCGCAAAGUGCCGCAUCACAAUGCGCCCAUACAAGUUGGCUCUUAUCUGGGUGACAUGUAUGUGGGGCAUGCCACUGCGAGCAGUGAUAAUCCAUGGCAGCAGCACUUCAGCGUCCAUAAUGGUGUUCUAACCGUCAACCAACCGGGUCUUUAUUAUGUCUAUGCGCAGAUCUGUUAUAAUAAUACACACGAUGAGAAUGGUUUCAUCAUCUUCCACGGGCAUAACGCAUUCCUGCAGUGCUUGAAUACGGUGCCAACGAAUAUGCCACAUAAGGUGCACACGUGCCACACCAGUGGACUGAUUCAGCUGCAGAAGCACGAAUCCAUACAUUUGCGGGAUAUUCAUCAAGACCGAGUUGUGACGCUUAGGGAUGCCAACAAUCGCAGCUACUUUGGCAUCAUUAAGAUUUAGACACAUUGAAAGCUGGAAUGUGAACAGCUUAAGCUUUAUAUCUUAGUAGUCUCGACUACUCGUGAAUACGAAUACAGCAAAGUAGAUGAUUAGUUGUAGCUUAGAUUUAAGUUAUAUUCUAUAUAUUACACAUGCAUAUAUUCAUAGACUAAAUACUAAAUACUAUCAUGCAUAUAAUACCAUAUUUAUUUUGUAUAUAUACGAUAAAUAAUUCUGAAUGAAUUGCCAUAAUAAAAAAGUUAACGAGUGUA